AAACUGGCGUGCUAGGCAAACGGGAGCCCCACGGCGGCGAACCGCUGACUCGCUCUCUCCAGAGACUCAGGGGCAGGGCCGGGCUCCGAAGGUGUGGGACCCCAGAAGGAGCUGCUGAAGACGGGACCAAGGGUCACAGGGAGGUUUGCUGGGGUCCAGAUGGUGAAAGUGGGCGCUGGGGGUCGCCCCAGGUUGGCCCCCCGCCAUCUGGAGCUCCUUUCGCCACAUUUGCAGGACCAGGGAUGCUGUGCUGCUCUCCCACGAGCCAGUCACCGAGUCUGUCUGCUGCAGCCCUUUCUGAACCUCUGGCCGUCUGGAUGCUCCACUGUGCUCCUUGCCAAGAUGAAGUGCGUCUUGGUGGCCACUGAGGGCGCAGAGGUCCUCUUCUACUGGACAGAUGAGGAGUUUGAAGAGAGUCUCCGGCUGAAGUUCGGGCAGUCAGAGAAUGAGGAAGAAGAGCUCCCUGCCCUGGAGGACCAGCUCAGCACCCUCCUAGCCCCGGUCAUCAUCUCCUCCAUGACGAUGCUGGAGAAGCUCUCGGACACCUACACCUGCUUCUCCACGGAAAAUGGCAACUUCCUGUAUGUCCUUCACCUGUUUGGAGAAUGCCUGUUCAUUGCCAUCAAUGGUGACCACACCGAGAGCGAGGGGGACCUGCGGCGGAAGCUGUAUGUGCUCAAGUACCUGUUCGAAGUGCACUUUGGGCUGGUGACUGUGGACGGUCAUCUUAUCCGAAAGGAGCUGCGGCCCCCAGACCUGGCGCAGCGUGUCCAGCUGUGGGAGCACUUCCAGAGCCUGCUGUGGACCUACAGCCGCCUGCGGGAGCAGGAGCAGUGCUUCGCCGUGGAGGCCCUGGAGCGACUGAUUCACCCCCAGCUCUGUGAGCUGUGCAUAGAGGCGCUGGAGCGGCACGUCAUCCAGGCUGUCAACACCAGCCCCGAGCGGGGAGGCGAGGAGGCCCUGCAUGCCUUCCUGCUCGUGCACUCCAAGCUGCUGGCAUUCUACUCUAGCCACAGUGCCAGCUCCCUGCGCCCGGCCGACCUGCUUGCCCUCAUCCUCCUGGUUCAGGACCUCUACCCCAGCGAGAGCACAGCAGAGGACGACAUUCAGCCUUCCCCGCGGAGGGCCCGGAGCAGCCAGAACAUCCCCGUGCAGCAAGCCUGGAGCCCUCACUCCACGGGCCCAACUAGGGGGAGCUCUGCAGAGACGGAGACAGACAGCUUCUCCCUCCCUGAGGAGUACUUCACACCAGCUCCUUCCCCUGGCGAUCAGAGCUCAGGUAGCACCAUCUGGCUGGAGGGGGGCACCCCCCCCAUGGAUGCCCUUCAGAUAGCAGAGGACACCCUCCAAACACUGGUUCCCCACUGCCCUGUGCCUUCCGGCCCCAGAAGGAUCUUCCUGGAUGCCAACGUGAAGGAAAGCUACUGCCCCCUAGUGCCCCACACCAUGUACUGCCUGCCCCUGUGGCAGGGCAUCAACCUGGUGCUCCUGACCAGGAGCCCCAGCGCGCCCCUGGCCCUGGUUCUGUCCCAGCUGAUGGAUGGCUUCUCCAUGCUGGAGAAGAAGCUGAAGGAAGGGCCGGAGCCCGGGGCCUCCCUGCGCUCCCAGCCCCUCGUGGGAGACCUGCGCCAGAGGAUGGACAAGUUUGUCAAGAAUCGAGGGGCACAGGAGAUUCAGAGCACCUGGCUGGAGUUUAAGGCCAAGGCUUUCUCCAAAAGUGAGCCCGGAUCCUCCUGGGAGCUGCUCCAGGCAUGUGGGAAGCUGAAGCGGCAGCUCUGCGCCAUCUACCGGCUGAACUUUCUGACCACAGCCCCCAGCAGGGGAGGCCCACACCUGCCCCAGCACCUGCAGGACCAAGUGCAGAGGCUCAUGCGGGAGAAGCUGACGGACUGGAAGGACUUCUUGCUGGUGAAGAGCAGGAGGAACAUCACCAUGACCUUCACCUACCUAGAAGACUUCCCAGGCUUGGUGCACUUCAUCUAUGUGGACCGCACCACUGGGCAGAUGGUGGCGCCUUCCCUCAACUGCAGUGAAAAGACCUCGUCGGAGUUGGGCAAGGGGCCGCUGGCUGCCUUUGUCAAAACUAAGGUCUGGUCUCUGAUCCAGCUGGCGCGCAGAUACCUGCAGAAGGGCUACACCACGCUGCUGUUCCAGGAGGGGGAUUUCUACUGCUCCUACUUCCUGUGGUUCGAGAAUGACAUGGGGUACAAACUCCAGAUGAUCGAGGUGCCCGUCCUCUCCGACGACUCAGUGCCUAUCGGCAUGCUGGGAGGAGACUACUACAGGAAGCUCCUGCGCUACUACAGCAAGAACCGCCCAACUGAGGCUGUCAGGUGCUACGAGCUGCUGGCCCUGCACCUGUCUGUCAUCCCCACUGACCUGCUGGUGCAGCAGGCCGGCCAGCUGGCCCGGCGCCUCUGGGAGGCCUCCCGUAUCCCCCUGCUCUAGGCCAAGGUGGCCGCAGUCUGCCUUUGCAUCCUGUCCUCCAGCCACCCUUGCUUGCCACUGUUCCCCAUGACGAGAGCCUCCUGUCUGCAGUGGCCAUCCUGAGGAUGGGGCAGAGUGCCCAGGGUGGCCCCAGGGCUUCUAAAACGCCACCUAGACCACCCUCCAUGUCAGGUACUGAGCAAGGCCCCAGAUCCUUCUCUCUGGAGGAAGAGGGAAGCCCAGGGGUCAUGUUUGUAAAACAACAGUGGCAGCAGCUCCUCUUCCAGAGCUGCCUCUGCCUUUAUCCUGGGAGAUGGGGAGGAAGCCCCAUCUCUGCUGUUCCCUGCGUGGAGGAAGCCCACCCAGCAAGCUCUCUCCUACCCCAGGUAAAAGGUGCUCCUUUGCCUGGGUUUGAAUUCCAGCGCUGCCACUUCCUCUCUGUACCUCCUGGCAAGUUUCUUCUAUUCCCCACAUUUAAAGCGAUGGCACCUCCCUCCCAGGGUGGUGUGAGGAUUACCCAAUGUGGUAGGUGCUCAAUAAAUGUUGGUCAUUGUUAUCACUGAAGCCCAA